UUCAGAUUCAAAAUCUCAAAUUCAUUUUAAAAAAAAAAAUGUCAGGAAGAGGAAAGGGAGGAAAAGGGUUGGGAAAGGGAGGAGCAAAACGACAUCGUAAAGUCCUCCGUGACAACAUCCAGGGCAUCACCAAACCCGCCAUCCGUCGUUUGGCUCGCAGAGGUGGCGUGAAGCGUAUCAGCGGUCUCAUUUACGAGGAGACACGUGGCGUGUUGAAGAUCUUUUUGGAGAACGUCAUCCGUGACGCCGUCACUUACACGGAGCACGCUCGCCGGAAAACCGUCACGGCGAUGGAUGUGGUUUACGCCUUGAAACGCCAGGGCCGUACCCUCUAUGGUUUUGGUGGUUAAUUCAAUUGGUAUAUUUUAGGGUUUAUUACUUUAUUUUCAUCGGAAAGUUAGGGUUUGUAUUUUGGGUUUAUUAUUAAUAUAAUAAAAAUAUUGUUGAUAGAUAUCAAUGUGAGAUGUAAUUUGGAUUUCCUAAUGAAAUGCUAGUUUUCUUUUGAAA